CGGAGGUAUGAGGGCUUCAUAUAUAAAGAAGAAAUCAGUCGGAAGGAAGUACAUUCGAGACUUGUAGCUCAGCUUGCAAUAAACAAUUUAUGAAAAUGUACAGCAGCGCAAGUGGUAUUUUGGUAAUUUCAAUUAUUGGCCAAAUUUAUUGCAUCACAAUUCACCAAUUUCCGGAGCUUCAACAGCACCAUGAACCUCUUCAUCAGCAUCACACCACGCCGCCGAUUCCGAUUUUGAAGCAGGAGUUCCAACAAAGCAAGGAAGGAUACAAGUUUAGCUUCGAAACGGCAAAUGGAAUUCAUGCUCACGAACAUGGAUUUUUAAAGAAUGCCGGCGAUAAGAAACACGAAUCUUUAGUUCAGCAUGGAUCUGUAACUUAUCAUGACGAACACGGCCAUCCAAUCACCCUCACUUACACAGCGGACGAGCACGGCUUCCAUCCCCAAGGUGCACACUUACCGACACCCCCGCCGAUUCCAGAAGAAUUACAAAAAAGUAUAGACCUACACCACCAGCAAUUCGCUGCACAAGCUCAUCAAGCACAACUCCACCCGAAUUACGGAGGUGAAGGUUUUGGGCAAGAAGCAUUACACGAGUAGUGCUCUCACAGUAUACCCUACU